GAUGAAUCAACACCUUUAUACCGGGUUGUAUAAUACCAAACAAUACAAAUGAAGGAGCAUCGAGUAAUGUUAGUAAAAUAAAAGGAGCAAUGUGCAAAAUCUUUUGGAUUUGCUAACCGUUUAGCUUUGCUGGUUACUUCAAUUCUGUUAUGAGCAGUUCUCUCCGGUAUCCGUAGAUUGGGAAACUCAAAAAUAAAACUUCAAUUCCCUUUUCACUCUGUUCUUCAUUCAUCUUCUCCCUUUGCAAUUCAUCUGAAGAACUGAAAGCCACUCAGUUACUACCGAUUCAAUUGCCAAAAAACCCAUUGAUUUUUAAGCAUUUUGAGCUACUUUUCUUUUUGGAUAAAUUAGCAGAAGGAAGGUAACCAAGAAGACUUAGAAUCAAGAAGUAGCAGAGUCAAUGGGAUCGCAAGAUUCAUCCAGCGGUAAUCUUCCCGUUCUUGGAGACGAUAAUGAGUCUAAGAUCUCAGAAGGAAUUCAUCCCGGUGAUACCUCGAAAUUCCCAGAAAGAGUUCAUGAUGGGCAUGUUGAUAAUGAGUCGGAAUCACCUGCAGAAAUUGACAAUGAUGCUGAUGAACCGAAGGAAGAAAACCAAGAAGAAGCAGGACCCGACCCAUCAUUGGGAUUGCAAGAUUUUUCCAAGAAUUAUCCUCUUGCUCACGGUGGAAAAAAUGAAUCCAAAGCUCAUCCUGAUGAUGAUAAUGCUUCAAAAUUCCCUGAAAACUCUCCCCGCGGUCAUGAUGCUCCGCAAGGCGGUAAUGAUGGUGCCGAUAGUCAACUUCAAUCCGCAAUCUUGCAAUCCAUACAAGGAUCGAGUUCUCAAAGUGGUGAAUCCGAAUCGUCUUCUGCUCCGGGGUCCCCUGCUUCUGAUGAUCAGCGGGAAGAAUGUGUGAUCUGUCAUGUUGAAAAUUCUAUUGAAACAAUGAGACGAGCUGAUCGAUGCGCACAUUAUUUCUGCCUUAAAUGCGUCAAGCCUUACGUCGGGAGAGAGGUUCUGGAAAAGCAGUGUUACCCUGUGGUUUGCCCAGAUAAAUUGUGCGCCGAAAACUUGCUUGAAGAUGAAACCAGGGAGUACCUGAAUCAGUAUAUUGAAGACCGCAUACAUUGGGCUCAAACUGUGAUGGCGCUUAAGGGAGCUCCAAGAGUGAUUCAAUGCCCUUCUGAUUACUGCAAAAAGCCCUUCUCAGAUGAUUGGAUGAACUUGUUGAAAAGGGCUUGCCCACAUUGCAACAAACUCAUCUGCAUGAGUAGCAGGGUCCUGUGGCAUUAUCACCUGUUUUGCUACGAAUUCCAGGCAUUGAAAAGAGCUGCAAUGAUGCCUGAAAUGAGACCCAUUUUUGAAAGGAUCUUGGGAAAAUAUAUGUGGUGUUGGUGCUCUAAUUACAUUCCUGGAGAAGCUAGCAGAAAACCAUUGGAGAAGUGA